CCAACCCCGCAUCCUGGGCUCUAUCCAGUUUUUUUUCGAGUGGAUUUGUGUGCUCUAUCUCAGUUGACUGAAUUUUUCACUUAAUAAUUCAUGAAAAUCGUGGGUGAAUUGAAUAUAAUAAUUGAGGCUCGAUAAAUGGAGAAAACAUCAACGAAAUUAUCGCAAGUGAAGCGUUUGAAAAACGAUUGAAAAACUCGUGACAAUGUUCGUGAACUCACCGUAAAAAGUCAUUGAUCUAAUGGACAGGCUUGCCAGAUUUUUAAAAUAAUUUUCUUCAAUCUUCACUCCUUUCGUGAGGACUUUAUCCAACAGUGGAUGAUAAAUUGGAUGUACUUGUGGGGUGUGUUCACUGGUUUAUCAUAAGUGAAGUGAAAUUAUUUGUGGAGUAAAUUUAAAGAGAUAUUUGUUUUUGUGGACUCCAUCAGUGCAAUGUACCGCAUUACAACUGCAUGAAUAACCGAGAAAUUUUAUUUGUCAAUUUGUGAUGAUUUUUCACUGUUACACUCAGUUUUGGAGCGGCUUUUGUUGACAGUCAAUUCCGUUUUAUUCGGAUAAACAAUGACCGCAACGUUCGAUCAGUAUGACAAGUCGAGUUGGUACUUUGGGGCAAUGUCGAGGCAGGACGCCUCCGAUCUGCUGAUGGGGGAAAAAGAGGGUGGCGUAUUCUUGGUUCGUGACAGUACCUCAAUUCAUGGCGAUUUUGUGCUAUGUGUCAGGGAAGACAGCAAAGUCAGUCACUACAUCAUCAAUAAGAUGCAGCAGGGCGAUCAGAUACGUUACAGAAUAGGCGAUCAGAUAUUUCCUGAUAUUCCCAAUUUAUUGGCGUUCUAUAAGAUUCAUUAUUUAGACACGACUCCACUCAUUAGGCCAGCGCCCAAGAAAAUACAAAGGAUUGUGGCUAAAUAUGAUUUCGAAGGAAAUGAUCCUGAUGAUCUACCUUUCCGCAAAGGUGAGAUUCUCACAGUCGUCACGAAGGACGAGGAGCAGUGGUGGACAGCACGUAACAGUGUUGGACAAACAGGUCUGGUACCAGUGCCAUAUGUACAAAAGUACGAAGAAGAUAAUCAUGGAAUUGAGAACAAUAUACGACCAGACAGUACAAGCAGUGGCUCCAGUACAGCAUCAAAUUCACUCCCAUCAUCCACAACACCAUCUGUUAAUGCAGAUAUAACGCAACAAGUAACAACAACACCAACAGCAACAGCCACAGCAACCGCAACAGCAACAGCAACAGUAACAGCAACACGUCGUUCAAAUAUUCAGCGCACAUUGCCAGCAUUUGCAAAGGUUAAACAGGCACGUGUGCCAAAUGCCUACGAUAAAACAGCAUUGAAACUUGAGGUUGGUGACAUGAUUAAGGUGACUAAAAUGAAUAUGAAUGGCCAGUGGGAGGGUGAACUGCACGGUAGAAUUGGACAUUUUCCAUUUACUCACGUUGAAUUUGUCGAUAAUGAAACAACUGGUGAGGAUAAUCAAGAGAUUUGAAGGUGAAGGUGAAUAAAGCAAGUAUAUAAAGCAAAAUGAAAUGUUUGUCUUUUCGCUCUUCCAGUUUGUAAUGCAAUUACAUAAGAAAUCAAUUUUCGUGGUUGUUACCAAACAAAGUAUAAAUAAUUAUGUAUGAAAUAAUGUUUAUCUCAAUCAACUUUGCCAUUAGCAUCAACGUAUUUACUAUAAAAGUUUAUGUUUUAUUUGAUAGCACUGUAGAUUGGUGAAGUAGGAAGAUGUCUUAUUCAUUUUUGAGAAUUUUGAGUCAUUGAAUUAUCUGAGAAUGACGGAGUGAUGAAGGAAUAUACCGUAAUAUCAGGCGUAAAGGACUGGAAAAUUCAUAAUACGAGUGCUUGUUGAAAGAAAUGCCUAUAUAAUUGUAAAGAUGUGUUUUCGAACAUCCUAUCGAGUUAUCGUAGACGGCUCAGAACGGGAGGACAGAAUUCUAUGUCAACAAUCGAUUCAGUUCAUCUUCUUAUCUCACUUUUCUAUAAAUUUCUCUUAUUUUGGUAUUCGAACUUAUUAUUCGAGACACUCAAUAGGAAUGUGGAGUCUAUAUAUAUGUACAGAGAUUCCAGAGAAGGGAGAAAUUUCAUAUUUUUUUUAUUUAAAAAAAUUGCAGGAUCGACAAUGAGGUAUAAAAUGAUAAUCGAAUUGUGAAUGAGUAUUAGAAGCUAUGGUAGGUGAAGAUAUCGUUGUAUUUUAGAUUGUUUUUGCAAUAAAUGGAGAGAAGAUUUUUCUGUUUCGGCCUUUGUUCAAAUUAUUGAGAUAUUCUGUACAAAAUUGUGAACUAUUUUUCGAUUUAUGUGGUGUUUUGAUGAUUUUUCAGUUUUAAUGAAUACUUUUAUACGAGAAAAUUUCAGUAAAUGGAGAUUGAUGGACAGUAUAAAAACUAGAAUCUUCUCCUUUUAAAAGAAAAUGCAACACUCAUGGAAAUCAAAAUGAAUGAUCAAAUUUUAAUCAUCACUGAUACGGUGGUUUUUUUGUAAUAUUAAGAAAAAAUCGAAUUCUUCAAUGUAAAUAACAUUAAUUGUAUUUUCCUUAUGUUUUUUAUUUCACAUAUUGAUUUACCAGAAUAAGUGAAUAUUUCCGUUUUCCCCUUUCUUGAUUUAACAGUUGUUAAGUUCUAGUCACACCGAGUGAGCAGAAAUGCAGCUAUUUGUACAGAGUGUCUCAUCAACAAUUUUUUUUGCUUAUAUAAAAUCCUCAACUUUUUGAACAAGUGGCCUCGACGAAAUUGUACUAUGGAUUUAUGUAAAUCUUUAAUUACUUGAUGGGUGAAACUUGGCUUUUGCCCAGCACAAGAUGCAUUGCAUUUUCAUUUAAUUCUUCAAAUAGAAAACAAUAUAUUUUUCACUUAAUUUUA